AUGGGCAAUGAUGGAAAUGACGAUUUUGACUGGAGCAAAGCUAUUUGCUCAACGCUAAAGUCAUCAGAUGUCAACGAAGUGAAGAAACUGCGAAAGCUUGUGCUUCUGUCUCUCCAACUUGAUGAAUCUGAUAAAUCAGCCAAGAAGAGUUUUAAGAAGGCUGUGAAGCAACUGGAAGAAGACGGCAAAGUCAAAUUGGAUGCUGAUGGAGCAAUUAAGCUGAAAGAGAAGAAACGAAAGCGAGACAAGGAGGAGAAGAAAAAGAAGAAGAAGAAAAAGGCAAAAAAGGAAUCAGAGGACAACGAGGAGGAGGAUGAAAAGAGCGACGACAAAAAGGAAGAAACUGGGGAAAAGAGCAGUGAAACCAAUGACGACAACGGUGAAGGCUCGCAGUCUGUCGAUAAGAAUGCCCCUUGCGUCGGGAAUCCACAGGGGGUUACCCGUCUAUUCCUUGGCAACUUACCAUUCUCCGUUGAUGAAAGUUCCUUAGCGGCUUUCUUGCCCGGAGAAGUGACACACAUAAAGUGGAUAACCGACAAGGAAACUGGCAAGUUCUACGGCAGUGCCUUUAUAGAAAUGGAUAACUCCAAGUCAGCAGCAGAUGCGGUUGCCAUGGCCGGAUCCAAGCUGAUCGGUCGUCCAAUCAAGAUCAAUUUUGCUCCAGCUCGCGACGGAGACGAGUGGCCUCCCGUCAAGAAGGUUGUCAGUGGUGGGGGACAAGCCGGUGGAUCAGGAAUCAAAGCCAUGAGUGCUAAGCCGGAAAACUGCUUGAAACUCUUCAUCGGCAAUCUGUCGUAUGAUAUUGAUGACGAGGGAAUCACCAAAUUUUUCGCCAAUGUGGAUGCCGAAAUCAAGGCAGUCAGAUGGUUGCAUCACAAGGACUCGGGCGACUUUAAAGGAUGUGGGUAUGUUGAAUUCUGGAAAACGGAAGCCUGCGAAAAAGGAGCCACUUUGAAUGGAAAAAACCUAUUGGGUAGACCCAUUAGAAUUGAUUGGACUGACUAA